GAGGGGCGGAGCUUCUGGUCCCGUUCACAGAAAGUGCCACGACUCUGAAGCCUGACAGACCCACUCCGCUGAGACUUCCUGUGGGACCCUCUGAUCAGUCAUGGACGUCUCCGACCCCCAGACCCUCGGCUUCAUGGUCUUUGGAGGCUUCAUGAUCAUUUCGGCGGUGGGCAUCGCCCUCGUCUCCACACUCUCUAUGAAGGAGACGUCCUAUGAGGAGGCGCUCGCCAAACAGAGGCGCCACCUGGUCCAAAACCAGAACCAGCGAUCAGAGAAGAAGAAGAAGGACAAGAACCAGGAGAAGAAGAACAAAGGGAGGAAGAAGGAGGAGCGGCCUGAAGUCAAGCUCCCUGAACCCAGCGUGGAGGUCGACGAGGAGCCUGAGGUGGUCACUGUUACUGAACCAGAGUCUGACCCGGAGCCAGCUGCUGAGCCUGAUGCUGCACCUGAACUUGAACCGGUACCAGAACCUGAACCAGCACCUGAACCUGAGCCCGAAGCUGUGCCUGCUGUGGUAACCAUGGCCAUCGAGUCUCCUCCAGCACCGUCGCCAAAGGAGAAGAAGAAGAAGAAGUCAGCCAAGGCGGAGCCAGCUGCUGUGGUGGAAACAGUUGCAAAGGAGGUUCUGGUGAUGGCGAUGGCGCCGGUGGUGGAGGUUUCCCCGGUAAACGUGCCUGAAGUAACCAAAGAACCGCCUUCCAUCAAACCUGAGGAACCCAAAGGACCCAAAGAACCAAAAGAGACCAAAGAGACAACGAGCAAGAAGAAGAAGAAGAACAAACCUGAGCCAGUGGCAGACACUGCUGACUCCUCUGUGACACUCCCGUCCAGCGAGCUGCUGUCCGCCGUCUCCGCCAUGACGCUCAGUGAAGAUGAGACGCAGAAACUCCUGGAGGUCCUGAACCAGAAGGCCGGAGUCCGCCAGGAAUCAUGGCAGCUGGCGUGUCAGAAAGGAGACCCUUUGUCUGCUCUGAAGAAACAGCUGGAGGACAAAGAGAAGCUGCUGACCGCCGAGCAGGAGGACGCCACAGCCGCCAAGAACCGCCUCCGAGAGCUCAGCAAGCAACUCAACACAGAGAAAUCCAAGAUGGCGUCUCUGGAGGCGCGUCUGAAGGCGGAGCUUAGUGCUCAGGUUCAGGAAGUCGACGCUCUGAAGACCACGAUGGAGACUGCUGACCAUGAACAUCAGAAACAGACUGAGCAGCUGAACCAGAAGAUCCUGAGUCUGCAGGAACAACUGGAGAAUGGUCCAAACGCUCAGCUGGCCAGGCUGCAGCAGGAGAACUCUAUCCUCAGAGAUGCCCUGAACCAGGCCACCAGCCAGGCGGAGAGCAGGCAGAACGCGGAACUCGCCCGUCUCAGACAGGACUGCGUCCGACUGGGCCGUGAGCUGACCGAGCGCUCCAACGCCCUGCGAGCCGAUGAGGAGCUCAGGAAGAACCUGGAGGCCAAGAUGGCUACGGCCGAGCAAGAACUGUCCAAAGUUCAGCUGGUCCACGCAGACACGGAGCGCACUCUGCAGCAGCAGCUGGAGGAAGUGUGUUCCCAGCUGAAGGUUUCACAGCAGGAGGCUGCAGCUGUUAGCGAGCUCCAGGGGGCGCUGGCGUCCAAAGAAAGUGAGUUGCAGGAGCUGAAGGUCCAGCUGGAGAGCCAGGCGGUCAUCCAGGUCGCUGAAUCGUCUGAAGUUGAGCAGCUGAAGAUCAGCGUGCAGCAAAAAGACGAACAGGUGGUCACUCUGGAGGCGGAGCUUACUCAGCUGAGGGAGGAGCUACAGCUGCUUAGAUCAUCACUAUCAGAGAGUGCAAAGGAAGACGGCGGCGAAGGCGAGGCAGCAGAUCAGACACAGAAAGAGGGAUCAGGAAGUGAGACUGAAUCGGAUCAGCCCUUUGAAAAUUUGGAGGAGGAGUCUCAGCUGCUUCGCCUGGAGGAAGAGUUGCAGCAGGCUCGUAACCAUGGCAACGAGCUAGAGGAGAAGAUGGCGGCAUCAGCAGCAGCGCUUUCAGAGGCAGAGCGUCUGAGGGAGCAGAGGGAGGUGGAGCUUAAAGCCGAGCUGGCUGAGGUUCAGUCCAGGUGUGCGUCCCUGCAUUCAGACUUCCAGGUGUCCCUGCAGGCUCUGUUUCCUGGCGUUCCCAUGGAGACAGAGCAGGAGAACUGGAUGGAAGUUUUCACUCAGAAAGUUCAGGAGGGUAAAAGUGACACAGAGAGGUCUCACUCUGAGCUGCAGGCGAGGGUGGAGGAGGCGGAGCAGAAACAGGCUGAUCUGGAGGCGGAGUUUGAUCAGAAGACGAAGCUGCUGCAGGACACGGAGGCGGAGCUUCAGGCUCUGCAGCGACGCUUUGAAGAAGAAGAAAACGAGUGGAAGAAGAAACUGACUGAGGCUGAGCAGCAGAACCAAUCAGUUGUUGAUCAGCUGAAGUUGCUGCAGGAAGAAAUUCAGAUGAAGACAGAGACGGACGACACGCAGCAGCUGAGGGAACAGUUGAUGCUGUUGGAGGCUCAGCUGGAGAAACAGCUGGAGGAGGCGAGCGUCACGCAGAGCUGCAGCGAGGAGCUCGCUCAGAUGCAGUCUCAGGUGCAGCAGAUGUGCGUGCGUCUGCAGGCCGAGGAGCAGCAGCGUCAGCAGCUUCUCUCUGAGCUCGAGCAGGCUCGACAGGAAGUGAAGGAGCUGCAGGAAGGGGCAGGGCAAACAUCUGAGGCUCCACCUAAGGAAAAGGAGGAAGAGGAGGUGAAGAAGGAGGAAGAGGAGGUGAAAAAGGAGGAGGAGGAGGUGGAGGUGAAGGAGGAGACACCGGUGUGAAAACCGCUUUGCUGACUGUAAGCGUGGUUACCGUGGUAACCUGGGUUGUCACAAUUACAGAAUUUUUUUAUUUUUUGUUUUUAUUGUAAUAAAAAUAAAAAAAUGUUACUUCCUGUUUGAAACCACAGAAAAAUAAAAGACUUGAUCUCAGACUUUGGAAAUUUCGACAUUCCCAAACGCCCCGUGAGGUCGGGGUUCUGAAGCUCCAGCUGCUGUGUCUGCUCGGGAUGAAUUAUGACUGAAACUGUGCAGUUUUCUUUUUAGUCUGAUUAGCUCCGUUAAUGAUUGUACUGAUUAUUUUAAAAUGUGGUUUUGAAAUUCAGACGACCCUACCGUGGUAACAGUUUUAUAAAACUCACGACGAAGAGGGACCAAAGAUAAUUUUUUUAACAGUAUUAUAAUUAUUUACUGUCACUUCAGGACAAAUAAACAUUUGAAGUCUCA